AUGACCACUCUUCGGAAGGGAUGCCUAUACGCAAACCUUAAGAAAUGUUCAUUCUGCACAAACGAGUUGGUGUUUCUAGGCUUUGUGAUCAGUUCUCAAGGGCUGCAAGUUGACGGCGAAAAGAUCAAAACCAUACAAGGGUGGCCGACACCGUCUACUAUCGGACAUGUACGGAGUUUCCUCGGCCUAGCUAGUUUCUACCGCCGAUUCGUCCGAGACUUUAGCAGCAUCGCUGCUCCCCUCACUGUGAUCACCAAGAAAGACGUGGUCUUCGAAUGGGGCGAGACUCAAAAGCAUGCUUUUUCCGCUCUAAAAGAAAGUCUCACUACCACACCGGUUUUAGUUCUUCCGAACUUUGACAAAACCUUCGAGAUCGAUUGCGAUGCCUCCGUUAAGAUUGGUAUUGGAGCCGUCCUAAUACAAGAGAAAAAGCUCGUGGCCUAUUUUAGUGAAAAGCUCAGCGGAGCUAUGCUAAACUAUCCAACUUAA